AUGGUUACUGCAACUGUCCAGCUUUUGGAUAUUACUUUUGCUUUGGAUAAAGAGUUUGGACUUGAAACAGCCGCCGUCAUUUGGGGAACUCCAGCGCAAUACAUUCAUCCCGACUGUUUAGGUGGGAAAAUAGGUAGUGCGUGGACAUAUGUAGCAUGUCCACCGAUGUAUGAAUUUAUGCCAGCCUACUAUGAUUGGAUUGCAUUCGCUGCUUCCCGUUGGACAAAUAUUGUUCAUUGGAUCAUUGGAAAUGAAGUCGACCAAUCACCAUACUACGAUCCAACUCCCUACAGCAAUAAUGUCAAUCAUUCAAUUGUAAAUACAAGUGACGGACAUGCAUGGGUCGCUCGCUACGUCAACCUGUUCACCACAGCUCAUCAAACUCUCGCUCUCGUCCGUCAGGGAGUUCCAACUAUGAUGUACGUUUCAGUUGAUCGGCAGUGGAAACUUGCAUUGUCUUUCUGUCCUACAAAUUCCAAUACUCGGUGUGCUUUAGGAACCUUCUAUCUACUCGAGGGCCUUUGGGCGAGUGUCGCAACAUCAUUCGACUGGAGCGUAGCUGUUCACGCGUAUGGAGUCGUUAACGAGAGUGAUUGGCAUUUAACAUCACCAUAUCAAGCCUAUACUUUUCUAGAUUUACCAUAUGUCCUUGCUUAUCAACAAUCGAAACUGGCUAAUGACUCCACAGUCAUCAACAAAACCUUGGCUCCUCAAGCUUUUAUCGCUGCCACUGAACAAGCCUGGAAUUCUGGUCUCCCUUCCGAUGCUAAUACCACCGCCUACUAUAUUUGUAUAGCUCACAAUGUAUCCGUCAAUAAUUUCGGCAUUAUUUUUGCCACACAUCUCGAUUAUCAAGAAAUCGUUAAUCCAGCUGCAAAUCAGCAUGGUAUUAUACCACUAGCUGCCGGUACCUUUCUUAACGGUUCAGGUGUCAACUCAAUUACAAUGUUAGCUACUAUUCUAUGGGGUGCGGGAACACCGGCUCAAACUGCUCGAACACAAGUACCAUCAUCAACUUCGGUACGACGACUAGAACAACAACAACAUCAACGACGUCGAGAACUAUUAGUAACACUACAGGCUCAAGCAGCACAAACGGAUCUACAGACAUAUCGACCACCAAUAGUGCAUCGGGAAACAGCUCGACGACAACAAUCAGCUCUGGUGGAUUAG